AUGAGCGACGACGAAGAUUUCCAGAUUGAAGGCCCGGAACUAGCAGAGGAUGAUCCCAUGAGAGCUUUCUUACCAGCGUCCUUCGGUAAGAAGUCAAAAGAGGCAGAUGUAGCCGCGCAAAUCGAUAGAACAAGACGACCAGCAGAAAGGAAGGCCGAGGCGCCAAAGGAGGCUACUGAGGAGGUUGGACAAGAAGUUGGACAACAGAAGCUCGCGUCAGAGCCAGCGUCUAAAGAUUGGGGCUCUGAUGAAGAUGAUGAAGAUUCCGAUAGCGAUGGGGGCUCUGACGACGACGAUGAAUAUCCAACUUCUCACGAAUUGAUACUGAAAACUCAUGAACGCGCGGUUACUACCACAACACUUGAUCCUUCAGGUUCACGACUCAUUACUGGUUCGAGCGAUUGUACCCUCAAGUUUCACGAUUUUGCUUCUAUGACCCCAACUACUCUUAGAUCUUUCAAAAGCGUGGACCCAAAUUAUUCAAAAACAUCAGCAAAUUCCGAAACUCAUCCGAUAAAUCAUGUUGAAUUCAAUCCCCAUGCCGGAGGUACCUUUCUCUGUAUAUCCGCUCAUCCGCAAGCGAAAUUAAUGAACCGAGACGGAGAUAUUAUCGGAGAGUUCGUAAAAGGAGAUAUGUAUCUGAGAGAUAUGAAUAACACAAAGGGGCACAUUUCGGAAAUUACUACAGGUACAUGGAGUCCGAUGGACAAGAAUAUUUGCGUCACAGCCGGUACGGAUAGUACUCUACGAAUUUGGGAUGUGAAUGUCAGAAGAUGUCAGAAAGAAGUUAUCGUCCACAAAUCCAAGGCUUCAGGCUCAGCAGGAAGGACAAGAAUGACUGCCGUUGUUUGGGGAGGCCCAGCACAAGGAGGAAACAAUCUAUUAGUAUCUGCAGCUCUGGAUGGAAGCUUAGUGAUUUGGGGUGGCAAUGGACCAUAUGCAAGACCAACAGCUGAAAUCAGAGACGCCCACACUCCGGAUACAUGGACGGGUGGUAUUGAUAUCAGUCCCGAUGGCCGAAUGGUUGUUACACGAGGUGGUGACAAUCUGAUCAAACUUUGGGAUACUAGAAAGUUCAAAACUCCCAUUGUGACAGCCUCACACCCCUCAACGUCAGAUGUCUAUUCUGUUACUAAUAUCAAAUACUCACCCAAUGGUGCCAACAUCAUCACCGGUUCCGCAUCGGGUCAUCUACAUAUCUUAAACUCGGGCAAUCUCAAACCAGAACUAGUCACCCCUGUGACACCUGGAUCUCCGCUUAUAACAGUUCAAUGGCAUCCAAAACUCAACCAAAUUGUUACUGGAUCUGCAAAUUCCGAGGUUCAUGUUCUAUACAAUCCGAACACCUCUGUUCGAGGUGCCGUUGACGUAAUGUCUCGUGCACCAAAGAAACGCCAUGUUGACGAUGACCCAAACUUUACAACCGAUCAAUCUGCUGGUAUGUCAGGGGAUAGUAUCAUUACUCCAGGUGGUGUCAUGUCUAAUAUAUCGGCCACAUCAUUUUCUGCGAGACAUCCUACUAUAGGCUUGACUGCCUCAGGCCGUUCUCGAGAUCCACGCAGACCUAACCUACCACUGGUCACACCAUUUGCGAAGAGUCAACCAGAUGAGAAACAUAUUAAUGAAAGUAUCACACUGAGUAGCAUGCGUGAUGAGGAUCCCAGAGAGGCGUUGUUGAAAUAUGCUGAGCUUGCUAAGACAGACCCACUAUUCACCAAUGCCUGGAAAGAUACUCAACCGACAACUCAGUAUGCUGAAAUAAGUGAUGAAGAAGAUGACGGGCCAGACAAGAAAAAAGUAAAGAGAUAA